UUUAUUGGACGCCGGGGCAAUGGCCAGGUGGUGUCUCUGAGUAGGAACGGAUGUAUCUUUCUGUCUGUGGCGCAGCAUGAACUGCUGCAUGCCUUGGGCUUCAACCACGAGCAAACACGCAGUGACCGUGAUAGCAAUGUUCAGAUCCUGACUCAGAACAUUAUUCCUGGUUAGUGCUUUCUACGUCCAUGGAUGCUGGCUUUAUAAUAUUUAUUUUUAACAUAAUUUCAUAGGGAAAUAAUGAAUACUAUGGUGUACAAGAUAUGUAAAUAUUAUUCCUGAAAUCUUAGUAAUAUUUUAAUAACUUUAAUGGAAAAGCCUUAUUAAACUAUUUACAGUGUACUACUAUUUGAUAAUAAUAAUAAUAAUACAUUAGUAUUGCAUUAUUUGUAAACAUGUAGAAACAUUGAGAAUGAUUUAUAAGAAUGAUAAGCUUUACAAUUAAUAAGCAUUUACAACAUUCAUAAUAAUCUGUAAAGCAUUUCUUAUCAUACAUUUUCCAUCCUAGGAAAGGAAUUCAAUUUCAGAAAGAUCAACACGAUAAACUUGGGGACUCCAUAUGACUAUAAUUCUGUCAUGCACUACUCAAGGUAAAUUGAGGAAAUUAAUAUAAAGGUUUUCUUUACUGCAAUAACAGCUGUAAUGUUAGAUGGCUAAAAUAAGAUAAUUUUCCCUUUCAUAGUCUACUCAAGUCAUCCUCUAAUUUCAAUUGAUGGCGUGAGAGCUUUUCUGCCCUAUGGUUCCAGGUUUGCCUUCUCCAGGAACAGACAGCCCACCAUUCUUCCAAUCCCUGACAAUAAUGCAGUUAUUGGCAGGCGACUCAGAUGAGCCCCAUUGAUAUUCUGCCCAUCAAUAGUCUCUACAACUGCAGUAAGUGCUAUUUUAAGAAGACCUGUUUAUCAUAACUGUGAAGAAUAAGAGUUGUGAUUAUUGUAACUGCCUGUAAGCUUCACCCCACCGUUGCUCAAUCAAUUAGAAAUAUUUGUGAAUAUAGUAUUUGAAUUGAAAGUUGUGUUAUUCUGUUUUUAUACUGUUAUAAAUGGGUGUACAGCUUAUUUUUAAAGCCUUGAGCGAUUAUAGCAUUUAAAUCUUGGUGGGGCAAACAACAAAAUGUUGUGGGGGAUGCAUGCCAGCAAAGCAUGACUGUAAACUCUCCUUCCAGACUCACAUUAAGCAUCUCCAAUCCAAAGUUAAAUCUAGAAUCGGCUUCCUAUUUCGCAACAAACCCCUUCACUCAUGCUGCCAAACAUGCCCUCGUAAAACUGACUAUCCUACCUAUCCUUGACUUCGGCGAUGUCAUUUACAAAAUAGCCUUCAACACUCUACUCAGAAAAUUGGAUGUAGUCUAUCACAGUGCCAACCGUUUUGUCACCAAAGCCACAUAUACUACCCACCACUGUGACCUGUACGCUCUUGUUGGCUGGUCCUCACUACAUAUUCGUCGCCAAACCCACUGGCUCCAGGCCAUCUAUAAAUCACUGCUAGGCAAAUCCCCGCCUUAUCUUAGCUCAUUAGUCACCAUAGCAACACCCACCCGUAGUAUGCGCUCCAGC